AUGACAGAACCGCGCAUGCGCCUGCGCCAAAAAGGCCAACAAUUCCCUACUCAAGACUUAGAAGCCUUCCUACUCGCCUUCGGCGACAACGACUACCCGCUGCCCGAAACAGUGCGCGUGCUCGACGAAAUCAUCACCGACUACAUUAUCGAAACAUGCCACGAAGCAGCGUCUGUAGCGCACCACGCGCGGCGCGCCAAGAUCAAGCUGGACGACUUUAAAUUCAUGCUGCGACGCGACACGGGCAAGUUGGGCCGGGUGAGCGAGAUGCUGGAGACGGACAAGGAGUUGAAGCGGAAGAGGAAGGCGUUUGAUACAGAUGAGGGCGCUGUGCUGGCGGAUCGGGAUCGGGAUCGCGAGAGGGAGAGGGAGAGGGAGAGAGAUGGCGCGGAUGCUGGCGAUGCGAAGAUGGCGAGGGCAAAGAAGAAGGCGGGUGAGGCCGAGAGUGUGGAUGGUGAGGCCGAGGCGGAGAGGAGGAGGAAGAAAAAGAAGAAGAAGAGAGAUGGCGGCGAUGAUGCGAGUACCGUGAGGAGUGGAUGA